CAGGCCGCCGCCCGCCGCCAUGGGGCUGAAGGCCGCCCAGAAGACGCUCUUCCCGCUGCGCUCCAUCGACGACGUGGUGCGACUCUUCGCUGCCGAGCUGGGCCGAGAGGAGCCGGACCUGGUGCUCCUGUCCUUAGUACUGGGCUUCGUGGAGCAUUUCCUGGCGGUCAACCGGGUCAUCCCCACCAACGUACCCGAGCUCACCUUCCAGCCCAGCCCCGCGCCAGACCCCCCUGGCGGCCUCACCUACUUCCCGGUGGCCGACCUGUCCAUCAUCGCUGCCCUGUAUGCGCGCUUCACUGCCCAGAUCCGUGGCGCCGUGGACCUCUCCCUCUACCCCCGGGAGGGGGGCGUCUCCAGCCGUGAGCUGGUGAAGAAGGUUUCGGAUGUCAUCUGGAACAGCCUCAGCCGCUCCUACUUCAAGGACCGAGCCCACAUCCAGUCUCUCUUCAGCUUCAUCACAGGUUGGAGCCUGGCAGGCACCAAACUGGACAGCUCCGGUGUGGCCUUUGCCGUGGUGGGGGCCUGCCAGGCCCUGGGUCUCCGGGAUGUCCACCUGGCCCUGUCUGAGGACCAUGCCUGGGUUGUGUUUGGGCCCAACGGGGAGCAGACCGCUGAGGUCACCUGGCAUGGCAAGGGCAAUGAGGAUCGCAGGGGCCAGACGGUCAAUGUGGGCGUGGCUGAGCGGAGCUGGCUGUACCUGAAGGGAUCGUACAUGCGCUGUGACCGCAAGAUGGAGGUGGCCUUCAUGGUGUGUGCCAUCAACCCUUCCAUUGACCUGCACACUGACUCGCUGGAGCUCCUGCAGCUGCAGCAGAAACUGCUGUGGCUGCUCUAUGACCUGGGACACCUGGAAAGGUACCCCAUGGCACUGGGGAACCUGGCGGAUCUGGAGGAACUGGAGCCCACUCCUGGCCGGCCCGACCCACUCACCCUCUACCACAAGGGCAUUGCUUCAGCCAAGACCUACUACCGGGAUGAACACAUCUACCCCUACAUGUACCUGGCCGGCUACCACUGUCGCAACCGCAAUGUGCGCGAAGCCCUGCAGGCCUGGGCCGACACAGCCACUGUCAUCCAGGACUACAACUACUGCCGUGAAGACGAGGAGAUAUAUAAGGAGUUCUUUGAAGUAGCUAAUGAUGUCAUCCCCAACCUGCUGAAGGAGGCAGCCAGCCUGCUGGAGGCAGGUGAGGAGCGGCCAGGAGAGCAGAACCAGGGCCCCCCAACCCAGGGCUCUGCCCUCCAGGACCCUGAGUGCUUCGCCCACCUGCUGCGCUUCUAUGAUGGCAUCUGCAAGUGGGAGGAGGGCAGCCCAACACCUGUCCUGCACGUGGGCUGGGCCACCUUCCUCGUGCAGUCCCUUGGCCGCUUCGAGGGACAGGUGCGGCAGAAGGUUCGCAUUGUGAGCCGAGAGGCAGAGGCAGCCGAGGCGGAAGAGCCUUGGGGCGAGGAUGCCCGGGAAGGUCGGAGGCGUGGCCCGCGGAGGGAGUCCAAGCCCGAGGAGCCACCUCCACCCAAGAAGCCGGCACUGGACAAGGGUCAAGGCUUGGGGCAGGGCACAGUGCCGGGACCGCCCCGGAGGCCCCCAGCAGCGGGCCCAGGCUCCGCCCGAGGCACUGAGGGGGGCAGCACGACCCCAACGCCCACGCCCGCUGGGUCGCCACCAACGCCGGAGGGUCCCGUGCUCAUGUUCCAAAGCGAGAAAAUGAAGGGCAUGAAGGAGCUGCUGGUGGCCACCAAGAUCAACUCAAGUGCCAUCAAGCUGCAGCUCACGGCACAGUCACAGGUGCAGAUGAAGAAGCAGAAGGUGUCCACACCCAGCGACUACACGCUCUCCUUCUUGAAGCGGCAGCGGAAGGGCCUCUGA